GAGUACAGUGGGAUGAACAUGCUGUUUCUGCGAGUACUGACUUAGGUGAACGCUCCGCGCUACAUUUCCGUCCAACCAAAUUUGCAGGUCAAUCGCAUAGUUCUGCCUAUUGUUAGAACAUGACGACCUCUGUGAGCGCUACCACAGAGCAGCAAACCCCGACGACGGCCGGCUUUAGUCGUGUCUCUUCACUAUCUUCUAUUGGCAAAAGAAGUUCUUCGUUGCCCACCGACGACCUAGUGGAGGAGGUGGAGGAACAGUUCUCGUGGACAAACACCGUGUUUCGUCGAAAGAAGAUUGCUCACCACGAUCCUGAUACAAUCGCGACCAAACGCUCUGUUUAUGAUGAUCCUGACCUUGCACCAUACUAUUGGCCCAAGAAGGACUACGAGAAUAUCCACAGAUUCGAUCCAACCGCUCGUUGGACAUACAGGGAGGAAAGGGCCCUAGUCCGCAAGUUGGAUUGGAAGAUUAUGGUCACGGCAGCUAUAGGAUUUUCUGCCUUAAACUUGGACAGGAGCAACAUCAGCCAGGCAAACUCGGACUCUUUUUUGCAGGAUCUUGGGUUGACUACAGAUGACUUCAAUCUCGGAAAUACCGUGUUCAAGCUGGCAUUUUUAUGCGCAGAACUACCGUCACAGCUUGUCUCGAAGCGAAUUGGCCCGGAUCGCUGGAUACCAAUGCAAAUCUGCCUCUGGAAUUUUUACACGAAGACGGAACUACCCAUGCGCCUCGCACUGUUCUGGAUGUCUUCGAACCUCUGUGGCAUCGCUGCUAGUUUUAUAGCAUAUGGCACGCUUCACAUGGAUGGUGUGGCUGGCGCUGCUGGAUGGCGGUGGCUGUUCAUGAUUGAGGGACUCCUCACUCUCCUCAUAGGAUUUUUCUCUUUUUUCCGCAUGCCUCCGUCGCCAACGCAGACCAAAACAUGGUUCCGGCCAAACGGUUGGUUCACGGAAAGAGAAGAAAUCAUUAUGGUCAACCGAGUACUUCGGGAUGAUCCUACUAAGGGUGAUAUGCACAACCGUGAGGGCCUUUCAAUUCGUCGUCUGUGGACAGCAGUAUGUGAUUAUGACCUUUGGCCGAUUUACAUCCUCGGUCUUUUGUUUGGCAUCCCGAACGGUCCCCCCUCAACAUAUCUCACUUUACUACUUAGGGACAUCGGAUUCAAUACAUUUGAUACCAACCUCCUUACGAUACCCUCUCAAGUUCUCGGAAUGGUCACCAUGUUUUUGAUUACGCUUGUCUCAGAGUCCGUCAACGAGCGUUCUAUUGUGGCGAUGAUGGAGGACCUCUGGACGUUACCUUUCCUCAUUGCACUCUAUGCAAUGUCUAGCAGCCCUAAUCCUUGGGUAUUUUUUGUUGUGGUAACUGGCCUGUUGUCAUAUCCAUAUACCCAUCCAAUCCAGGUGGGGUGGUGCUCUCGUAACGCUGGGGCAGUGGCAAGUCGAACAGUCAACGCGUCGUUAUACAACAUGUUCGUGCAAGCCAGUGGAAUCAUAUCUGCACAGAUCUACGUCACCAGCGAUGCUCCCAGAUAUCGACGCGGCAACAGGACCCUUAUCAUUAUCUGCUGCAUCAACGUCUGUUUUGUGUACCCAGGUACAAAGGCAUAUUACAUGUGGCGGAACCGACAACGAGCUAAGAUUUGGGAUGCGAUGACGAUGCAGGAACGUGCACACUAUCUGAGCACGACCAAGGAUGUUGGGAACAGAAGACUUGAUUUCCGUUUUGCGCAUUAAUGUCAUGUUCAAUUAUGUAACUUUAAUCAAUUCUGCAUUCGACUUGCAAGUCAUGCAUCGAG